AUGUAUGAUAAUGCACCAAGUAAAUGUAAUACAACAAGUUCAUUAAAUACACAAGGAGAACAUCAUUUUCUUCCUAUAUCUAAAUUACUUAUAACACUUCGUCAACAAAUGAUACUUUAUCCAAACGAAUAUUUUCAUGGUCUAGGUAUUGUUCUUAGUGUUGGACAUUAUCAAUUGCCAUUUGCAAGAGUCAAUUUAAAAAUGAUUGAACAUAGUGGUACUAAAUUACAUGUUCAGGUAAAUAUAAUUCUAUCUAGACGUACAUCAAAAAGAAGCUUUCUUUCUUUUGUAUUGAAAAAUGAUGAAAGAAGUAGUGUAUGACCAAUGUAGUGCUGAGUCAAAACCCUCAUACGAUGAACAAUCAAAAUGCAUUUUGCAUGUUUGAUAUAAUAAAACAUUGACAAUUGGGUUUAUACUAAAGAAACAGGUACACAUACACUCUAAAUAAAAAUCGUUUUCUUGGAAACUCAGGAAAAUGGGUUUCUGAGCGUACAGAGACCCAAAUAGGUUUCCAGACUGAUUCUGGAAACCUGAAUACGUGUCCGAACUUUUCUCGGAUACCUUUAAAAGUUUCUUGGAAGGAAAAAAUGGGUUUCCGACUUUCGAAAACCUUAAAAGCGUUUCAUAUAGUGACAAAAUCUGGAAACGCUAAAAGGCUUCCGAAAAAAGUGAUCCGUUUCCAAAAAUCCUAUCAUUUUUCCGAAAACCUUUUAGCGUUUCCAGGUUUGUCACUAUAUGAAACGCUUUUUAGGUUUCCGAAAGUCGGAAACCCAUUUUUUCCUUCCAAGAAACUUUUAAAGGCAUCCGAGAUCAGUUCGGAUACGUAUUCAGGUUUCCAGAAUCAGUCUGGAAACCUAUGUGGGUCUCUGUACGCUCAGAAACCUAUUUUCCUGAGUUUCCAAGAAAACGAUUUUUAUUUAGAGUGUAGGUUUUGAUCGAGAAAUAAAAAAGGACAUAUUCACCAAUCUAUAAUUAUCCAUAAAGUUAAUGAGAAAAUAAAAUCAACUUUUUGAAAUUAGAAAUAACUUCGAACUUAGAGUAGAAUAAUAUUCAUAGCAUUAUUUCUACUGAAAAAUCUUCACUUUUAAAUUUUUUUCAUAGAUAUAAAGCAAUAGUUUCAUUGGAUAAGUCUUAAAAGAAAAGUUAGUUGAAAAUAUUCAUUUAAAAUACGUGAAAUCUUUAUAUUAGAAAAGCAUAGUUAGCUUUCUGAAGAGUUCAAACGAUAGAGUUAUGAUUAAAAACAUUGUAUUAUUAUUAUUAAUAGAGUCACGUUUUAUAAUAUUUAUCUAAGAGUAUGAAUUUCAACCAAGUAUCACUAUUUGACAUAAAAAACAUGAUAAUAUUUCUAAUUUAACUCUAUAUUUUGUAGAAUAGAUAUUGAUUUUUCGCAAAAAGAUCGCGUGCAGGAGUAUUAAGUAUAAGUUUUUUCAGCUUCUGUUACCUAUUUCGUAACAAUUGGAUUCAAAAAUUAACAAUUAUCCAGUAGCUUUUCAUAAUAACCAAAAAUCUCAGCAAUCAUGAUCAAAAUUCAUUAUGCACAUUUCGUUAAUGAUGGAACCCGAAGACCAAUAAUUUGAAUUCGAGCCUUUAACAUUAAUAACAGAAACAAAAAUGAAAUAUUCUUUUCAAUAUCAAUAGUGAUUUAAGUUGUCAAAGCUAAUAGAAGUGGAGGAAAGAACAGCAUAUGAUUAAUGUGUUUCAUUUAUUGAAACAAUAGUGGAACUGUCUUGGAUGAUAUCAAAGCAUACAGACAACAGUUUUUACACUGAUUUUGUACAGAAAAAGGAACAAACUACUCAAUUUUUUAUCCUUGUGAACUUCCACUGUAAUUUUCGAAAAACACGAGUUUUCACUCAUUUUUAAAGCAAAACUUCUAGCUUAUUAGAGAAAAACUUCUAUAAAAUUUAUGAAACACGGUCUAGUUGCUGUUGUUAAUCAUAGGAAGAUUGCUGUAUUCUGUAUCCUUUGGGACGCAUCUCUUCACCAUCCUUUCACUUAAUCUUCCAAAAAUACGGCAAGGAAUCAGUUCAUAUAUUACAAGGAGACAUUAUCGACGUACAGUCUAUGUUCGUAUAUCAAUAAGAUCUGUCACAGUCUGUAAUGAACGAGUGACGUUGCUAAGGCAGUCUG